AUGGCCACGCGGGCCCUGCUGCUGCUGCUGCUGCUAGUGCUGCUGCCGCCGCCGCCGCCGCUCCGGGGCUGCGCCGCGCGCCCCGCGCCCCCCAGGGCCCCGCGACACUCGGACGGGACUUUCACCAGCGAGCUCAGCCGCCUGCGGGAGAGCGCGCGGCUGCAGCGGCUGCUGCAGGGCCUGGUGGGGAAGCGCAGCGAGCAGGACACAGAGAACAGCACAGCCUGGACCAACUCUGCGGAGGGCCACCUCUGCCUGCUGUGGUCGGACGCGCCCACCCUGCAGGCCUGGAUGCCCCUGAGGCCCCCCGGGGAUCAGGCCUGGUCUCCCCAGGUGCCUCUUGGACUGAGAGCUGGGGUCAUGCUGUCGGAGCCGGCCAUCCCUGCUGCUGAGGGGAUGCAGAUGAGGCCCUGA